ACAGGGUCUCAGGCAGAGCAGAGUCUCCAGAAGAGGAGAGUUCAGAUAAAGUGAUGCCUUCACUCUGUACUGUUCUUGUGCUUUUCAGCAAAGUCUAUGGUCUGCUUGGGAAGAAUGUUGAUCAGCCUUACGCACUGGUGGGAGCUCAGCUUGGAGACAAUGUGACUCUCCCAUGUUUCCAUGCUCACAAAUUUGUGUCCUUUGCCAGCUGGUUUAAGCAGCCUCUUGGAGAGAAACCCCGGAUUAUAGCAAUGACAAUGGACCCUAAAUCAGGUACUAUAUUGUUCAAUGAGUUUAAAAACAGCACACGCUUCAGUGCUAAAGCAGCGAAGGGGAGCUUUAACCUGACUGUGUCACAAGUAGAGCCGUCUGAUUCUGCAACAUACUACUGCAGUACUACAGGCUACAAUGAGAUCAGCUUUGGAGAUGGAGCUACUUUAAUGGUGACGGGUUCAGAGUCACUCAGCAGGACAGUAGUACUGCAACAGCCCGAGUCUGAGUCAGUGCAGUCAGGAGACUCUGUGACUCUGCAGUGUACAGUACACACUGAGACCUGUACAGGAGAACACAGCGUGUACUGGUUCAGACAGGGCUCAGGAGAGUCCCCUCCAGGAAUCAUUUACACCCAUGGAAACAGGAGUGAUGAGUGCCAGAGGAGCUCUGGGGCUGUGUCUCCCACACAGAGCUGUGUCUACAACUUCCCCAAGAGGAACCUGAGCUCCUCUGAUGCGGGGACUUACUACUGUGCUGUGGACAUCUGUGGAGAGAUCCUGUUUGGGAACGGGACCAAGCUGGACUUUGACCGGAAUGAAGCUUUGCCUCUUUAUUGCAUGGCGGGAGCUUUGGCGUUGAGUGUGAUUCUAAAUAUUGUCCUCGCUCUGAAAAGGAGAAAGAGCUGUGUGAAUUACAAAGGUAAGAGACCAGGUUUAACGGUGUGGUAUGUGUCGAUCUAUUUUUUAUUUACAACAUAUACACAGUACAAUAAAAUAAGAAAUUAUUACCUCAAGUCCUCCUCUUAUCUGUACAGUUUGAGUUUUACAGCGCAGAGGACAAACAGGGUCUCAGGCAGAGGAGAGUCUCCAGAAGAGGAGAGUUCAGAUACAGUGAUGCCACCACUCUGUGCUGUUCUUGUGCUUUUCAGCAAAGUCUAUGGUCUGCUUGGGAAUAUAUUUCAGCCUGACGUGCUGGUGAGAGCUCAGAUUGGAGACACUGUGACUCUCCCAUGCUUCUACACUGCACAAGAAUGGAAUUAUAUCAGCUGGUUAAAACAGCCUCUUGGACAGAAGCCUCAGCUCAUUGUAGUACAAAUUUCCUAUCAAUCAGAUCAUACUUUUUUUAAUGAGUUUAAAAACAGUGAACGCCUCAGUGCUAAAGCAUCAAAGGAGGGCUUUAACCUGACCGUGUCACAAACUGAGCCGUCUGAUUCAGCCACAUACUACUGCGCUAUUGGACGUUACAGUGAAAUCCACUUUGGAAAUGGAACCACUUUAAUGGUGAUGGUAAAUGGUUCAGAGUUACACAGCAGGACAGUAGUACUGCAGCAGCCCGAGUCUGAGUCAGUGCUUUCUGGAGACUCUGUGACUCUGCAGUGUACAGUACACACUGAGACCUGUGCAGGAGAACACAGUGUGUACUGGUUCAGACAGGGCUCAGGAGAGUCCCCUCCAGGAAUCAUUUACACCCAUGGAACCAGGAGUGAUGAGUGCCAGAGGAGCUCUGGGGCUGUGUCUCCCACACAGAGCUGUGUCUACAACUUCCCCAAGAGGAACCUCAGCCCCUCUGAUGCUGGGACUUACUACUGUGCUGUGGCCACCUGUGGGGAGAUCCUGUUUGGGAACGGGACCAAGCUGGACUUUGAGGGGAAUGAACAUCUUCCUCUUUACUGCUUGGCGGGAGCUUUGGCGUUGAGUGUGAUCCUAAAUAUUGCCCUCGCUCUGAACAGGAGAAAAAACUGUGAGAACUGCAAAGGAGCUGCAUCAAACAACCAAGUGAGCGGAGCAGACAUGGCGAGCAAACAGAGUCAAGAGGAAGCAAUGAAUUACGCUGCUUUGACUUUCACCACCAAGAAACCCAAAGUGAGGAGGAACAAGAGGGAAGUGGAGAGAGAAACGGUUUACUCAGAUAUGAGAUUUAGAGACCGCGAGUGAAGCUUUCCAUAAAGAUUCAUCUUCAGCACAAGAACGAUCAAAAUGUUCCCUCGCCGAAAUUGGUGAACAUCAUACAAUUUGGCUGUAAAUGAUAUAACACUUAUAGGAUUUGCCUAGAGCUGUGCUUGUUCUUAAAUUCGGCCAUUUUUCAAAUACACAAAAUAAAAAUUUGUACACUGUCUGACAGUGUCUGAUAAAUGGUCCUCGAAGUUGUUGAGUCGGUUUAGGGCAGCAGUGUAGUACAAUGGUUAGGGAACAGGGCGUGUAACCCGAUUCUCAGGUGAAGCAUUGCCCUUGUACUCUUGAGCAAGGCUGUCAACCCAGAUGACUUCAGUAUGUAUCCAACAGUAUAAAAGGAAACGGUGCGCACAUGUAAAAUUGCGCAAAAAUUGCACAAAUAUUGUGUGGUUUUCACUGAGUGUCUGCCUGUGUUCCUGCCUCUGUGUUAUUUUUUGCCUGAGAGCUUGCCCGUGUUUCCCUGUGCCUGUUUUUGUCUGCCUGUUUCUGCCCUGCCUCUGUUUGGCUUCGUCUGAUUUUUGUAUUUUCUGUUUUCUGUUUUUUUUUGUAUUUUCGUUUUGUUCUUUUUGCGAUUCGCCCUGCGAGGCAUUUUUUGGUUUCCUGCGUUUGUUCCUGAGUUUUUGUAAUUAAAAUCUUUGAGUGAAUUUUC